AUGGUUUUAGAAUCGUUAAGUGACGCAACUGGUAUCCCGGAGCCAGUACUUCGUCUAGUUGUUGCUAUUCUUCUUGCCUAUCCAAUUGCUCUUUUCUAUCGCAUAGCCUUUCUCCGUCCAAUAAACUCGAAAAAUGCACCAAGAAUUCGCAACUUGUAUAUCGUCGUCACCGGCCUCGCGUUAGCAUACUUUUUUAACGGUUUAGAUAUGAUCCAUUCAUUGAUAACGACAACGGUUACUUGGUUAUUAAUGUGGUUCGGUGACGCGAUAGGUAAUCGAAAAUUUGCGAUGGCGUUGAUCUUUAUUUUCAAUAUGGCCUAUCUCGUCUUUGGGUAUUAUUAUACUGCAACCGAUGAUUAUGAUAUCGAUUGGACUAUGACUCAAUGUGUGUUAUGUCUAAGAAUGAUUGGAUUUGCAAUGGAUUUCAUGGAUGGCGCUACUUUAUUGAAAUCGAAAAAAAAUCCCGAUGAAGAUAAUAAAUUGGCGACUUUACCAUCGUUCAUAGAGACAAUUGGUUAUGCACACUUUUUUGGUGCUUUUUUAACCGGACCUCAAUUUUCAUUUAGUUUAUAUCGAAAAUUUAUUACUUUUUCCGUAUAUCCCAAUCCUACUUCUAUUCCUUCCGGGUCGUAUAAAUCCGCGCUAAAAUGCUUUUUACUUGGUGCAAUUUAUUUGGGAGUAUAUCAAAUUGCCGCUGGAUUUUUCCCUAUCACUUAUCUAAUCACGGAAGAAUAUGCUGCUAGAACUUUCUGGGAAAAGCUAGCGUUCAUGUGGUGUGCUGCAAAAUUCUCCUUUACAAAGUAUCUUGGUACUUGGACAUUGGUGGAAGGUGCAUGCGUUCUAUCUGGAAUUUCUUUCAAUGGCUUUAACGAAAAAGGACAAGCUGAAUGGAACGGUUUGUCGAAUGUAGCAAAGUAUCGCUUCGAGUUCGCCACAUCAUUAUCACAAAUUGUGACCUCAUUCAACACCAACACAAAUCUUUGGUCCAAGAUCUAUAUCUUCAAACGUCUGAUCUCUCUUGGAAACAAAAAUCUUUCGUCGAUCGUAACAUUGUUCUUCCUUGCCGUCUGGCAUGGCACACAUUCUGGUUACUUUUUGUGCUUUUCUCUCGAAUUUUUCGAUAUUGAUGCGGAAAGAAGAUGGGCGAAACGUUUGGAGCCAUACACAAAACCACUUUAUGAUAUAAAGAACCGGGACAAGCCGUUGAUUCAAUUAUUGAGACGGUUGCAUCUGUUCGCUUGCUGGUUUGGACAAACAUGUGGAUUGCAUUAUGCAAUGGUUCCCUUCACUCUUUUAAAAUGGGAACACAUACACACGGCUUGGGCAAAUGUGUAUUACUGUGGGCAUAUUAUUGUUUUUGGAUUGAUAUUUUUGGAUGUGAUUUUGCCAAAACGACGGGAAAAGAGAUCCAGCGAGCAUGUAAAUACAGCCGAAAAAGUAAAAUUAAAUGGCGAGACAAAGAUUAAUGGCCACGCGAAAAUCAUUCAAAAUGGCGCGAUCAAAACGGAAUAA